GGUAGCAGUGAUGCCGGCGCGAAAUUGUUCAAGGCAAAGUGCGCAACGUGUCACACCGCCAACGACGGAGGACCAAACAAGCAGGGACCCAACCUAUGGGGCGUGAUGGGCAGGCAGUCUGGGCAGGUGGCUGGGGCGCCCCAUGGAGCUCGCCCCUCACCCGGCCCCGACCCGUCCUCGCGCCACCAGACCAUGUUUGACUACCUCGCCAAUCCGAAGAAGUACAUCAAGGGAACUAACAUGGCGUUUCCGGGCUUCAAAAAGGAGAAGGACAGAGCGGACUGCGUCGCCUACCUG